GCAAAUAGACUUUAAAUUCAAGGAGUGAAAUUUUUAUUUUUCAUUUUACGUUGAAUCGUCAACAACGACAUAAUGGGUGUUAUUUUCAAAAUUUUGUUUUUUACAAUAUUCGUACUAAAAUUGGUAAAAACCCAAAAUUGCACCUGUGUGCCCUUUUACUUGUGCAGUGACGACGAAAGUGAGAUUAUCUCAGAUGGACGCGGUUUGCUUGAAGUUAGGAAAUCUCGUCAGUGCGAUGGAGUUUUCGAAGUCUGUUGCAAUACAACAAUGGCCACCACUACCACCAACGCCCCCACAAAACCACCAAGAGGUUGCGGUUUUCAAAAUCCUGAAAUUUUUUCAUGGUCUGCGUCCCUCCUCUACAAACAGUACCCAAACUUUGUACCAUCAUACAAAUGUCGGAUUUCCCUCAUCCAUGAAAGGGUGGCCAUCACCGCAGCCCACUGUCUCCAAGAAAAAGGCUACUACCAGGUUAGAAUCAGCAGUACAAUUCGUUCUGUCGCCCACAUUGUCCAACACCCCCAGUUUAAACUUGCCACUUGCCAAAAUGACAUCGCCCUUUUAUUCCUGAACAAGGCAUUUAAAGUGGAAAAAAUCGGGACUGUUUGUAUUCCGCCUCCAGGAUUAGAAUUGGACAAUUUGAAUUGUACUUCAGCCACAACUCUGAAGGAAAAUCAGACUAGUCUGAAAAUUGUUCGUUUACCGAUGGUUUCAAGGGAUGCAUGUGUGGGGUCUUUGAGACAGAGCAGAUUGGGGGAGUUUUUCCAGUUGCAUCAGUCUUUUAUUUGUGCUGGAGGAAACAACGAGGAUACUUGCGGGGGCGAUGGGGGAAGUCCGUUGAUUUGUCCUAUUCCGGGAUUUCCCGGGCGGUACCAACAAGCUGGGAUAGUGUCCUGGGGAAUCGGCUGUGGGGGAGAUUUACCAGGGGUUUAUGUAAAUUUGGCGUACUUUAGGGACUGGAUUGACGAAGUUAUGUCACAGAAUAAAUUUGACAUAAAUUCUUAUAGAUUUUAA